UAACAAUUAUAAUUAUAAUAAUAGAUUUGAAGACUACCGUGAUAAUAAAAACAAAAAUGACUCCCACUAUAGCGAUAGUUAUGAUUCUUUUAAUACUCACAGUAACCUUGAUGAGUUUGAUCAUGACAUUGGUCGAAGUUCACAAUCUUAA